UGUUGACGACUAUCGAAAAUAUUUUGUUAAAAUUGUAUCACGUCCUGUUCCGAGUCAACAAGGACUGGCGAACAGAAAACGGGCAUAAAAGCUGGCCUUGACCAGGCGAUCCAGUUGUUAUGUAACCGGCAUGAAAGUUCAACGUUCUCAGCGUCUUUCACCCGGUGACCCAAUGACGUUGAAUGAAUCGAAAAACACGUUCUCCAGAAAGAUUCCCCGGUCGUUUUCCACAAUUUCCACUGAAAAGUCAAUCGUACCGUUUGAAACGCUGGUCUUGUACCGGCCUAGUUCAAUGCGCAUGUUCUCAUGCGACACCGCGCUGGAGCUUUGAGCAGUUUCCGUUGCAUGUAGUGAGUGGGAUAACCUGGAUUUUUGGAUUUUGUUUCUCCUUAACUUGUUGGCGUACUGAAAGUGCGAAGGUGAUGCGAUUAGCGUGACAGUGACUGGCUCGUGACAAUUCUCUACAACGUGAAAAUGAGGGAGUUGGACGAUAAACGGGAUUUAUUGUCAAACGGUUUUAAUAUGGAGCAUUUCCCCCGGAGGCCUCCUGUCAACAUUGCUUUCAAGGAUUUGUCCUAUCAGGUCCUAGUCUGGAACAAAAUGAAACCAGGCAAAAAGAUCAUACUGCGGAAUUUAACCGGAGAAUUUCAAUCGGGCGAGCUGACGGCCAUUAUGGGGCCAUCCGGCGCUGGGAAAUCCACUCUACUCAACGUGCUCGCCGGCUUCGUCGUACGCGGCAGUUCCGGCGAAAUCCUGAUCAACGGCGUGGACAGGGGGAAAAUCGGAUUGGAAGAAUUCAAAAAGGUGUCCACUUACAUACAGCAGGACGACGUCGUCAGGCCGUUGCUGACCGUGCACGAAGCCAUGGCCAUUGCGACCCACCUCAAACUCGGCUGCAGCAUAACAAACUCGGACAAAAAUAACAAGAUCGCUGAACUGCUAAACAUGCUGGGUCUUAGCCAGGAUGCGGAAACCCUCGCUGGAAAGCUGUCCGGAGGUCAGAAAAAAAGGUUGUCUAUUGCGCUUGAGCUGAUAACAAAUCCUCCGGUUAUUUUUCUCGACGAACCCACAACCGGGUUGGACAGUUCGUCCACAUCGUCUUGCGUGAAGCUGAUGAGACAGCUGAGCCGUCAGGGGAGGACCAUCGUGUGCACGAUCCACCAGCCUUCGGCACUCCUUUUCGAACAGUUCAACCACGUUUACUGCAUGUCCGAAGGGGUGAACAUUUACCAGGGUAGCCCGGCGGCCAUGCUGACCUACAUGGCCAACUUCGGCUUGAUAUGCCCUCCGUACCACAACCCGGCAGAUUUCAUGAUAGAAGUGGCUUCCGGCGACUACCCGAGGGAUCUUGAACAGAUGGCGGAAACAUCCACCAGCUCGUUUCAGCAGUUGUCUCUGGUCGAGAGUGCAGAUAAAGUGAUCGACGGGGAGAAAGGCCUAGACAUUUAUAAACGGUCGAGCAAACGGGCCAAGGCAGACGGCUCGGAUUCGGACCUAGGUUCUGUCCGAUGCUUGCCCAAACCAGCCUCGGCAUGGCUUCAACUUUUUCACCUUUACAACCGAAAUAUAAUAGUGCUGAAGAGAGAUAUAAUGCACAUCGUACUCAGGUUUGUCGCUCACUUGUUUAUAUCCAUCGUGUUUGGAUAUUUGUACCAAGAAGUGGGCAACAACGCCGAAACAUUAUUGGCUAAUUUUAUUUUUGUUUAUGGUUCUAUUUUAUUUCUACACUACACCGGUCAGAUGACCGUCCUUUUGUCAUUUCCUUUAGAAUACAAGGUUCUAACUAGAGAACACUUUAACCGAUGGUACUCCUUGCCGUCGUAUUUCCUCGCGUUGCUCUUAGUCGAACUGCCCUUCCAGGCGGCCUGUGCAAUGCUGUAUCUAAUUCCCGGGUAUUGGCUGACAUCGCAGCCGCUGGAGUGGCCCAGGUUUGGCACCUACGUCAUGUUCAAUUUGGCGAUUUCUCUGACAGCCCAGGCUACUGGGUUUCUCGCUGGAGCUCUCCUUCCCAUCACGAUUGCUGUUUUUCUGGCGCCCGUAUUUUCUGUCUUCUUCUCGGUUUUUGGCUUCACAAGCAGGUACCAGGACAUUCCGACACCCCUCAGGCCGUUUUACAACAUAAGCUACUUCAGGUCGGCAUUGCAGGGCUCGUUCCUCUCCCUGUACGGCAACGGCCGGGACGAGCUGCCGUGCUACGAGAUCUAUUGCCAUUACAAAAAGCCACAGAUCUUUCUCAAAGACAUGGGCUUUUCGGAUUUCCAGACAGGCCCGGAAAUAUGCUAUAUCAUUUUCAUCGGAUUGCUCUCUUACGCGCUGACAGUCCUCUCUAUUUGGUUCAAACUGAACAAACGGUAAUUUAAAAAAAAAAAAAAAACCUCC